GACUGGUCCAUCAUGUCUGUAACCUGUUCACCGAAACGGCCACACUGUGCUUGGACGUGGACAAUAGAAACAACAACGAGACGGCCGCCGCGCUGCUCUGCUCCCUGCUGGACGUGCUGCACGGCAUGCUGACCUACACGUCUGGGGUCGUGCGGCUGGCCCUGCAGGCGCAGAAGUCUGGCUCCGGGGGUGACACUCAGGCCGCGGAGGACCUGCUGCUGCUCAGCAAACCCCUGACAGACCUCGUCAGCCUGCUCAUCCCGCUGCUUCCUGCUGAGGAUCCUGAAAUUUUUGAAGUUUCAUCCAAGUGUCUGUCCAUCCUGGUUCAGCUCUACGGGGGAGAAAACCCGGACAGCCUGUCCCCGGAGAACGCAGAGAGCUUUGCCGACUCACUGACAUCCAAGGAGGACCCCAAGGAGCAGAAGCUGCUGCUGCGGAUUCUCAGGAGGAUGGUCACCUCCAACGAGAAGCACCUGGAGAGCCUGAAGGGCGCGGGCAGCCUCCUGCGGGCGCUGGAGCGGCUGGCCCCGGCUGGCGGGUGAGUCGGCCCAGGAAGGGCCCGUGCAAUCUAUUGGGCUCAGCAAACACUGACACACUCUUUUUUCUCCGCCUGUCCCCCCACUCCCUCUACACACCAGGGACCACCGUCUUCCACUCGGUCAUUGCCACUGAGGUCCCUCCCAGCGGGGGAAGCAUGGUCACUGUGUCU